AUGGAUUUCAAUGAAAACUAUCAUUUAUCACAGCAACAAGUCUGUUUAGAUCGACUUGAUAAUCAAGUUUUUUUCAGUUCAGUAAGUUCACUUUUACAUAAUCCAAAUUUAAUCACUGAGAACAAUAUUAGAUAUUUAUUCACUACCGGUAUAUCAAUUAACGAUUUCAUUGCUACGAUUUAUAACAAUGAUAAUGAAUUGCUAAAAAACAUCGCAAAUAACUUAUGUAUUAUAAAUCUGGAUACACUAGAUUCUGUUGCAGGACAACAAUUCCAAUAUUCUUAUAGUGACGAUGUUCAGGCGUUCAAAAGGCAUCACACUCAAAAAUUACAAGAUAUAAUAUCAUAUCUAGUAAAUGAUAUUGAACAACGGGUUAAUGGUAAAAUGAACAAUAAUACUGAUGAUAACAGCAUUAAUAGAUACUUAUCUCCAAUUCCAGAUAAAGUUAAUCUUUCUAGUAUAUUAUAUGGGGAUGUUUCGUACUAUUAUGGCUCUAAUGAGUUCAAUGAUUCGGACAUUAAUCGAUUUAAAACAUUCAACGAUUUAUUAACAAUAUUGAAAACGUAUAAUCAACGGGAAAAAGCAUUAAUCAUAUCACAAGAUGGGAACGAUUAUAAUAUGAUUGCCUAUCUAAUAUCAACAGUUUUAAAGUUAAACCCUUCAUAUAAUAUCUACGAAGCUUUGAGACAUUUAAAGUGUCUUACAGAAAAUUUCGAGGAACUGAACAAUGAGAGAAUUAUCUGGUAUAGUGGCCUGUUAAGUUAUUAUGAAUUGAUCAGGGCCAAUGAACUGUAUUGGGGCAAUGUCAAUGUAAACAGUUUAAACUCCACUAAAACAAACAUGAAUUUUGCUAAUGCCAAUACAUGCGCAACAAAUUCACGUUCCUCAUCUAUUUCACCAAACAAAAGACGCGAUUCGAACAAUAUUGCUACUGCCAUCACUCAACCAACUCCGGUCACACAAAGUUCACCUAUACUUUCCAGUAAUAAAAGAUCUCGUUUGAUCGAUUGA